AUGAGUCGAAGUGCUCUUGUAGCAGACGAUCGAGAAACUUUUAUUAAAUCACAGGUAAGGAAUUAAAUAUUAAAUUAUCAAUUUAAUAUAGUUUAAUUGAAGUUUUUUAAAAUUGACACAAGAUAGGUCUUGAAUUUUAGAUAAUAGCUGUUCAAAAAGUUCUGAACAAAGCAGAAGCUCCAUUGAAACAGAAGCAUGUACGAUCUCUGAUUGUUGGCACUCACAAAGAACGGUCGGCUUCUCUCUUCUGGAGCACUGUUUCUCGGAUUCCAUUGGAGAAAAGUCCGGUAAUAACAUGGAAGUUCUGCAAUCUUUUACACAAACUGAUCCGAGAUGGCCACAGGAAGGUGGUGGACGAUUGUGCUAGACAUAUUAGUCGUCUGGUUCAGUUGGGGAACUUCUGGCAACAUUUACGGGCAAGUGGCUACGGGAAUGCAGAUGCUGUUUAUUGUAGACUCUUGACAAAGCGACUUCAGUUUCAUCAGAAAGUAAGUGAAUUUUUACUUUAUUAUUGGUGUUUAGUAUCCUCAAAUACCGGGAAGUCUACAACUGACUGAGCAACAGAUAAACACUAUCAGUGGAGACAUGAACAUGAGCUUUGAACUUGGGAUUGAUUUGCUUGAUCAGAUAGAUGAGCUGCUUGCUUUUAGAUCGGCUGGUAAGUUGAUUAAUAAUUUGAUGUUAUGGUUUACUAUUAUUCUUGAGUUUAUUAUAUUGUUCGAAGCUUUAUGUUUUAAUUUUAGGUAACAUUUUUAAAAUUUAUUAGAUACGAUAAACACUGUUUUUCAGUUACGACACUGGUCGAUGGCUACAGAUGGACGUCCAUGGUACCACAAUGUCAGUGUCUUUUAGCACCGUUGAUAUUGGUAGUACUGGACAGUUCUUUAUUUUACGAUUUGCUUGUUAAAAUAAUCUUCAAGUUGCACAGUGAAUUGCCCGAAGAUGUUCUUACUGGCCAUAGACAAAGGUUUAUGACAACUUUUAAAAAGUUGAAAGAAUUCUACGAAGGAGCUUCGAAUCUACAGUAUUUUAGGUAUUUGGUGUCUGUGCCUAGCUUGCCACCGGUGAGUUGUUUUUAUAAUUUUUAUUAGUGUUUUUGUAACAUAUCUAAAUGCAGUGGGGACAAAUUAUUUUACAUUGGAGUUUUAAUUUCAGAAUCCUCCAAACUUUUUGCAAUCAUCAGACUUGGACACUUACCGUACUCCUCAUGCUUACUUACGAGAUGAAAAUGGCUCUGAUGGUACUGAAACACCUCCAGAUGCACAGUCAGUACAAGAUGAUACCAAUAUGAUUAUUGAUUUGGACUUGCCUGAAACUUCAUCUAGUGUUCAGAGCACUUUCGGCGUUAGUCCAACUAGAGAACUGGAACAGUAAGUGUUUUUUAGAAGCUAAUGUUUAGUUAUAACUUUUAUUUUUAUCCCAUUUAAAACAACAUUUUUUUAAAUCCUGGUGUUUUAUAUUUGAUAUAGUGUAAUAUUGGGUGUUCAUGAUCUCAAUUUUUAGACAACAAAUGAUGGAGAAGAUGGCCGAACUUCGAAGAGCUUUGGAAAGUGAGAUGAAAGCAAAAGAUGACAUUGUAAUGGAAGCCAGAAGUCGUAUAGAGCAGUACGAAGCUAGGUUGGUGGAAAUGAAGGAGGAAAGUGACAUGUACAAAGAUCAAUCAGAACAACUUAACAUGCAACUACAACAACUCAAGGACACGGCGAAUGCUACAGAACAACAGGCCGAGAUUCAACGACAAUCCGAAGAGAAGGCUACUGAAUUCGAGAAGAAGUACACGAAACUGAAGUCAGCGUACGAAACCUUCAGAGGAGAACACAUUACAGCAUUGACAGAGUUGAGGGACCUUCGCAAGUUCAAGACCGAGACUUCGACUGAGAUUGCCGAACUGAAAGCAGAGUUGGAGAAUGAGAGGAGAAAGACGGAGGAAGGGGUUCAGAAGAGUUCAGACACCGUGAGCGAACUGAACUCAAGUUUGGAUAAACUGAAGUUGGACAUUGAGAAUGAGAAGAAGGCUUCGGUUAACUCUCAGCUACGUAAGUGAUCUUGUAAUCGUUUUGUUUCACAAGAAUGUUUAAGUGUUCUUUUAAUCUGUUUUUUAUUUUAGAUUCAUUAGCCGAAUCUGCAAGAGGAAUGUUGUCGCAUUGCAAGGAGGAACUUCAGAAUUCUUCCACCAUAUCUUAUCCCCCUCACUUGGCCGAAUCAGAGCUGAAGGUUGCCCAGAACAGCCUUCAAGAGUUGUUUGACAGUGCAAAGGGAGGAGAAUGUGAUGAAAGAUUCAGAAGAGAAGCCAUCUCUUUCCUACAUUAUGUUUGUAAUGCUAUGGUUCCGUGUGCAGCAGCUGCUUACACCUCAAGUAUUGAGCAUUACGAACGUAAGUUUUUACUUUUUAAGGUUGUCAGUUUAGAAUUAUUGUGUUAUUAUAGGUUCAAAGUAGAUUUUUUGGUGCACUUGCGGUUAUAAUUUUAAUAAUUUUUUGUUUCAGCGGUUCUCAACGCCUGCAAAGAAGUAAUCCAAGAAGUUUCCAAUGUAUAUAUCGGCUUGAAUGGCAGUAAAGUACCACAACUAGCCACCUCUCAACUUCCUAAAGUCAUCGACCUUCUGAAUAGUCUCCAAGACCAAGUAACAGCUCUCCCGACCUCCAAUGGUGACAUUGAUCUGGAAGUGGUUGAAUCUCAACUUCAAGAAGAGAUGGAGAGAAUGAACAAUGCCAUCAAACAAGCUGCUGAACGAAUGAAAGAGCUACAACAACAAUCCAAAACAAAGAAUAGUGGCAUCAGACUUGCCGUGAACGACAAGAUUCUCGAUCACUGUAACCAGUUAAUGGCAGCCGUCUACGAAUUGGUCGAAAAGUCUAGGGAUUUGCAACAAGAAAUUGUAGAUGCGGGCAGGGGAACAGCAUCCCCCAACGAGUUCUACAAGAGGAAUCAUCAAUGGACUAAAGGAUUACUGUCAGCUGCACAAGGUGUUGGGGUGUCUGCUUUGGAAUUAAUGUAAGUUUUUAAUGUGAAAGGUUCAGGUUUUAGGUUUUUGCUGGUAAAACGAGAUUGGUAUUGUUUAGUAAAUUUAAAAUACUGUGAAAAUAUAAGUCUCUUUUUCAGGAACUCGGCUGACAAAGUAGUACUAAAUGAAGGUAAACUGCAGUACCUUAUUGUAGCCGCUCAGGAAAUCUCAGCCAGCGUUGCUCAGCUUUUCGUUUCAUCGAGAGUAAAAGCAGACCGAGAGUCAGGGAAAUUGGCCAAGCUGGGAAAGGCCUCAAAACAUGUCAACGAAUGCACGGGAGCAGUCUUGGCCGCGGUGAAAGACGGAAAACAAACAUUGGAGGAAGAACGUGAGUACAAUAACAUUUUCUAGUUUAACUUACACUGUUAUUGUCAAGACAAAAAAAUUACAAAACGCAUUAGAGUUCGCUUUAGUAUUUUAUAAUUUUAAAGUUUCGACAAAAUCUUAAAAUUUCAAAAAAUUUUAAAAAUUUAAUUUCAGAACUGUUCGACUUCUCGAACUAUUCUCUCCACGAAGCCAAAAAGGCCGAGAUGGAGUGUCAAGUUCGUGCUCUGGAGCUGGAAAGCCUCCUGAGCAAGGAACGUACCAAACUGGCCAGCCUUCGGAAGCAACAUUACCACAUGGCCUCGCUGGUGGAUAAUGAAAACAACGCUUAA